GUGAUCUGCAAACAGCACAGGCGUUUUUGCCGUGUCUGUGACUGGAAACCUGGGAUCAGGACGGAGAGAAUAUGGCAAAAACCGCAUCAGAGAUGGUGUGUCCUGAAGGUUGGACGGGCUUCCACGACCGCUGUUACUACUACAACUACGACCCUCUGACCUGGCCUGAAGCUGAUGCUAGCUGUGCCGGUCUCGAUGCCAGGCUGGUCUCUGUCCACAGCCCUGAGGAGUACUCCUUCCUCUAUCAACAAACCGCUGUUAAUAGAUUUUCUCCAGCCUGGCUGGGUGGAUUGUACUUUGACGGCCAGUGGAUGUGGCUCGAUGGUUCCUGGUUUUAUCAGGGAUUUUUUGCUGAGACGUCGUCAUACAGCACUGCUCCAUGCCUUUCAACACACAGUUCCAAUGGUUGGAGCAAUUUCAACUGUGGCCAAAGCUACGCUUCGUUUUGUGUGAAGGACGUGUCUGUGUGAAGGAUGCACUUUAAAUCUGCAGCCCACACAGCACAGACACAGUAAUGGAAUAUUUCAG